ACUUUCUUUCACUCUACUAAUUGCACUAGUACAGCAGUGCAACUAAAAAGAACAGGUCUAUAGACUUAACCUAGCAGAACUCAAAUUAUCAUUCAUAUAUACAUAAGUAUACUGUCAAGAGUGUCAAGUACGGUGAAUCAGGGAGAUAAAGAAUUUGAACAAUUAUCAUAUUUUCUCCCAUCUCGAAUAUCGAAAGGGCAUUGUAAAAAUAUCUGAAGAAUUCGUCGUUAAACAAUUUGGAGAAAGUGAAUGUCUUUUUUUCACAAGCGCUUGUCAAUCUGUCAAUGUUGAAAAUAGAUUUGCAUUAACUUAAAAAUAUAAUGGAUAAGAACAGGCAACUUCCUUGGAAGGAAAUGGGUAUUACAGAUCCCAAGGAACGAGUUAAGAAUCUUUCAGAGCAGGCUUCCAAAGUGGAAAUUGAUCCGAAUAUCCCACCCGAACGAUAUUAUCGCAGUGGAAUAGAACUGAUCAGAUAUGCAGACAUGAAUACGCAAGAUGGCAGCUAUGAACAGGCUUUCGUACUAUAUAUGAAGUUUAUAACGCUUUUUGUAGACAAAAUAAUACACCAUCCACAAUAUAAUCGUGUACCAAACAAGGAUAAGAUAAUGAAUAAGCGUACCUUAAGAAUUGUCAUUCCUAAAACUGAAGAAUUGAAAAAACAAUUGUUGGUGCAAUAUCAGGCAGAGUUAGACAAAUAUUUGGACGAUUUAAAAGAAAGAGAAAAAAUCGAAAAGGAACGUUUGAAACAAGAAGAGCUUCAAAGGCAAAAGGAAGAGGAAGAAAAAAGAAAUAAAAUAGCAGCUUUGGCUGCUGUUGAAGCAGCGAAAGCUGCUGUCAGUGUAAAUGUGGUCGUUCCAGAAAUAAAAGAGUUACCUUCCAUAAUGCCAUCCAAGAUUGGAAGCUCUAUGAGAAAUGAUAAAACACAUAAGGACAUAAGGCCGAUGGUGGAUCGUUCUACAAAACCUUCUUUAUUGACGAGCGAUGGAUUAUCUUUGCGCGAUGUUAUUCUGCCAACUAAAUUAAUGCAAGACUUUUUAACGCUCGCCUUUAGCAAUACGAUGGGCAAUAAAGAAACAUGUGGUAUUCUGGCUGGCAGAUUGGAACGAAAUAAAUUGUUAGUGACACAUCUAUUGAUUCCAAAACAAACUGGCACUCCAGAUUCUUGCACCACACAUAAUGAAGAAGAUAUCUUUGAUUAUCAGGACCAGCACAACCUUAUCACUCUUGGUUGGAUUCAUACACACCCUACGCAAACUGCAUUUUUAUCAAGUGUGGAUCUGCAUACGCACUGUGCUUAUCAGCUUAUGAUGGCCGAAGCAAUAGCGAUAGUUUGUGCACCUAAAUAUGAUGAAACAGGAUUUUUUAUGUUAACGCCGGAUUACGGUUUGGAUUUUAUCGCAAAUUGCAGACAAACAGGAUUUCACCCCCAUCCUACUGAACCACCGCUGUACAGGAAAGCAGGACAUUGCAAAUUGGAUGUAACUGCAUUUAUCGAAGUCGUAAACUUACAAAGAAAAUGAUACAUGUCAGAUGCAGGAUAAUAUAUAUUUUACUGAUAAAUAUUUUUACAAUUAAAUACAGAUACAAUUUGCAAUAAAAAUAGAGUCUUGUUACACAAUUAGCACAUAAAUGCGCUAAUACUAAAAUGAAGAGCAAAUCGUUUAAUCAGUCUGAAAAUAUUGUAUGAAUUAUAUUUAUA